GCGCUACUUGCUUCAGAAGUUGUGAGUUACUAUCUGUUACAGUACUGUGACAGACGCUGCUGAACAGACCAAGGCGAUAUGUACGGGUACGGAGAGCAUCGUGAUCGGGGUUAUGAAGAUCGUGAGCGUCGAGACCGAGGACGCGAGGGACAAGAUUACAGAGAUGGCAGUUAUGAGCGGGAACCGCGCCGUGGCCCGCUAUGAUGCUACAAUUGUGAUGAGCCGGGGCACUAUGCUAACCAGCGCCCGCAGCCAAGAUGACAGCGCAAUUCUCGACCAUCGUCCUCGACAGAUACUAGGGGCGACAGAAGCCAAGGCAAGCAAGUUUGAAGAGGUGAACAAGCAUCUCGAUGUUAAGGUUGCUCUGCGCGUUGGGGAGCUGCGUGAGGACGUACGAGAGGACGUGCGUCUUGAGAUUCGAGACGUGAUCAACGAGUUGUGCAGGACGGUUGCACGGGGUAAGCAGAAAGUUAUCCCACUCUCGGGAUCGGAUCAAGAGAGCGGUGCAAGCGGUAGUGACACCGAGGAGAUCAGCGAACGAACACGUAAGCUGUGCAUAACGGAGAAACGGAAACAGGGCCCGGAGCCGGUCUUCGAAGGAAGUCCUCCGAUGGAACAACCCCCAAAGCGGAUGCCAAGGAGAGUGACGAAACCUGCUAAGUUGACCGAAUGCCUUACGCGCGCCAAAGCUAAGAGACAGGAGAACAUGCCUGCACCGAAGAAGACCCCACCGUCGAUCCGGAAGAGGAGUGAUGCGGCUCGACUUGGAAUGGUCAAACGGUUGAAAUUCGAGAAGAAGAUCAUGAAAGACCUUAAAGGACUCGAUGCUUUGGUGCUGCAAAACAUCUGUAGGGAUGAGGGUAUCCCUUAUGGCGGUAAGUUUGAGUCCAUCUUUGAUAUUGCCGCUCAUCGGGCACAGCUUGCCUAUGGACCUGAGAGUGAUGAAGCUGAGUCUACCGAACUUGACGACGUCAGUGCUGAUGUAGUUGAGGUGACUAUCGAGAGCACAGAGGGAUAAUGUGUUUUCGGUACUGCUGAUCUUUGGGAUAUUGUUAGUAGCUUAACUG